GUCUGCAACGCCCCCACGACCUUUCAGCGAGCCAUGAACAUGGCUUUUCAGAAUUUCGUGCGGAAGACUCGUUUGGCGCAGAGCAUCAUAAACUACUGCGUGAUUGUGUACAUGGAUGACAUCUUGGUGUACUCGAGCUCCUACGAGGGACACGUGCAGCACAUCGAAUGGGCACUGCACGCAUUACGAGAUGCGGGUUUCAAAGUGGCGCUUGAGAAGUGUCAGUUUUUUCUUACCACCAUUUCCUUCUUGGGACACGUGGUGACAGACAAGGGAUUCCAACCGGAGCCGCAGAAGGUGGCAACUGUCAGGGAUGCGCCGGUGCCUACAACUAUCACACAAGUUCUCGUCUUUUUGGGCCUGGCCUCUUACUACCGAAGAUUCAUCAAGGGCUUCGCAUCGAUUCCGGGACCCCUCACAAAUCUGCUGCGCAAAGAUCAGCCGUUGAUCUGGACGUCGGGGUGCAAUCAAGCGUUUUCCAAACUCAAGGCCGCUCUCAUUUCGGCUUCGAUCCUUAUAAGACCGGAUCCCAAAAAAACUUUUGUUUUCAUCACUGACUGGCAGCCAGAGGCAAUUUUGGCGAUCCUUGCCCAGGUGGGACCAAGCGGACUCGAGAGUGUGGUGGAGUAUGCGUCUAAAUCGGUGCCCGCCUGCAAACGCAACCACGCCGCUCCAACGGGAGAAUGCUACGCGGCUCUCAGGGGAAUUUGUCACUUUUGCGCUUACCUGUAUGGGCGAAAGUUCACCCAGGUAACUAAUCAUGAGCCCCUGUUGGCUCUGAAGAAAUCGAAGGAUUACUCGAUCAUGAUCGGGCGGUGGGCAACGGUGCUGCAGAGCAUGGAUUUUGACAUUCGUCAGCUGAAGCACGAGAGACACGGGAAUGCGGACGGACUGACACGACUGCACCGGCCUGAGAAAGUUCCGAAGGGUGAGGAGGUGAUUCCGUGGAACGAACCCGAACAGGAGAUUGGACCUCGAUACGGCCAAGUGACGUGGACGCAGACCAACGAGCAUCGUCCGUGGAUCGGAAAUCCGGAGCUGCUGAUCAUCCAAACUUGGAGGACUAACGUGGAAGUCGAUCUUCUUGGCUUUCUCUUUGGAUCGGUACAACUGGGGCUCCACCAGUUGAUCGCGCAGGAGCUCAUCGCGCCGAUCGUGCAAUUGGCGGACGACCUCUCGCCCGACAUCUAUUCGCAAAGCGACGACAACCCUGCCCCGUACAUUCAUUGGACUGCGUGCUUAGAGGAGCCCAGAGACAAAGAUACCCUACCAUCUCGGCAGGAGUAUCUGAAGCCGUACGACAUCAUCCCGAAGGCGGAGGAAGUGGUGGUCGACGACGACGAAGAAGACAACGACGAGGAAACGUCCGAGGAGGGAAGCUAUAGGGAGUAUAGCGAGGGCGAGCUGAGUGAAGAAGAAGAAGAAGAGGAGGGAGAAGAAGGAACCGAGUCUGAGUGGGAAGCUUUGCCAGAGGAAGCUGCGCGCACGGGCACGGAGGCGGAAGAUCCAGAGGCAGCGCGAAGGCACGAAGAAAUUGCCACCGGGAAACGCCAGCUGGAGUUCGCCAGUGGAGCCAGCUUGCGCAUCGACAACAUUCCGACCAGGGAUCCCGAAGCCCGAAGAUGGCGACGCAGCAGCUGCCACCUCAAGCACCGUACGACGGCGACGGAGCCGAUCCCCCUCCUCCUCCAGCCCCACCCGUCCCCCAGUUCGCCCACGUACCAUGACCGAUGCGGGCGAUAGGCCUUCGUCCUCGGACGCUAUCCCGCCGACCCCUUGAUUUUCUCACCCUCGAACAAAUCCGCACCCCCGUC